AUGGACGUGUCUACCAGUAAACGAAACGAACCAGUGUUAUCGAAAUCCACCAAACGAAAUUUACGAAGGAAGGAGCAACGACGUAUAAAGAAAGCAAAGCUUGCGGAACACACUAACCAAUCAAUUGACGAAGGACCGACUACACCCAAUUCCGAUUCUAUCAACAACCAAGACAAUCAAGCAGACGAUGAAAGAUCAGAGAUAUUCUACGACCCAAAAAAACAUAAAACCCAAGCGGAGGCGCGUCUAUCUACAGAAGAUCAAUCGCGAGAAUAUAUUCGUUCCCUAUGGAUAUCCGAGGAUUUCUUAGCCAGCGAUCUUAAAUCGGUUAAUAACUCUGAACCUAUCGAUAUUAUAACUCCUCAAUUUACAUUUCUGGAAAAGUUUCUCGAGAAGAGAUUACAAAGACAAAUCGUUAAAAAGUUAAUCAAUAAAGGAUUAUUCCCCUCACAUGUUAUAAAGCAUAACACUUAUUCACUAAAACUCGAUAUACUCUCCAAUUCCCAGUUAGACAUACUUUCAGAUGCUAUCUAUAAUAAACUAUAUAGAAAUGAUGUUAGCGAAAAAUCACUACCCGAAAACAGUCAAUCAAUAUCAACUACCUUCGUAAUACCUGCAAAUUUUAUGCGUCUUCUGGAGUCGGAAAUUUUUGGUAAUAAUAACUCUGCUGAUUCUACUACGUCCAUGAGUUUCGAUUUAGAGCGAAAAAAAAUAUGGGGAGACUUCGCACGUUGGGCAUGUUUCUUCAUCGGUCCAAAUUUCAGAAAACAGUUUCGGGAUCAUUGCCGUCGCCUCUGGUUUAAAGUUGAGCAUGCAUAUCAACACGAAGAAGCUCAGAAUAAACCGCUUGAAAAUCAUAAUAUUCGUGAAGUGUUUCAGAAGAACCCAAAGGAUAAACUCUAUACUGCACUAGAGACAACAAAAAAGGUCGUGCACGGUAUCGAUCUUGAAGGUUAUCGCCACAUCUUUAAACCGCAAUGUUUUAAGAAUGCUUUUGGGGAAACAAUCGUCGACUUCUUCGAUCUCGCCAAUCCUCUGGUUGCGAAAAAUGCACGGAAUGUAAUUGACCGUUAUUAUUAUCAUACCCUUAACAACCCCACCCAUCAGUCUAAACAAUUCGCCAGUAAUAUGAUAGAACAUUUUUGCAGUUUCACCGAUAGCAACAACGAACCUUACACUACUGCCAAUACUGCGUCUAGCCAUUGCCAAGAACAUCUCGCGUGCGUUCAGGAACUAAUUCAAGGGCUCCAAUCACUCUCAGAUAUAGUCAACAAUUAUUUUCAUAAUACCUAUCCAACCCUAUAUACCAAGAUGAAAAAUCUCAAUCUCGGGCCAAACGUUCCUAAAUCAUUCGGUGCCUUUCCUACCGUUGGUAUCAACUAUAACACGAUCUCCCAGUUUCAUAGGAACCUAAAAGAUCAUCGAAAUACGCUUUGCGUGGUGUGUCCACUUGGGAAUUUCGAAGGUGGAGAGCUGACAUUUCCAGAAUUAAAAUUAAUCGUCCAUGUUAAGCAAGGUCAAGCGGUGGCUUUUCGAUCAAACCUCCUGGUUCAUGGAAAUCUGCCAGUCGUUGCCGGAGUUCGCCACAGCGUCGUUUUUUAUAUCCACAGUACGGUGAUUAAACAAAAACGAAAGUUUGGAUCUCUUUUCGCUGAUUAUGAGUUGGAUUGGGGUAACAAUAAUGAUGAUAAGCCAUCACAAGAAUAUCUUCCUCCAACGCUAGGUUCUGGAAAUAAUGAUGUGAAGCUAAAAAAUCAUAGAAGAACAAAUAUAGCCCUUGCCACGAUCGAUGUAGUCCUUGAUCAGACCCGUAGGGAAAUAAGAUCUGUUACAUUUAAUGUAUUAGUUAAAACCAUUCUAUUAGGUCCACCGGUAAAGAUAACUCUUCGAGAUACCCUUAAUGAAUCUGGAAUAAAUGAAG